GGUUGAUGAGGUGGUUAUUGUGAGAAGAGAGAAAAAAUGUCUGACUCCGAAAGUUCCCGCCUACUCCUGAAUUGCGUCGUGGACUUUGAUUGGGUUUAGAAAUGUCAGGAUGUAAUUAUUUGUGAGUGACUGACAAAGAUUGUAGCUGUCGCCAUAGGAGUGGUUUGUAUCUUCAAGAGUUUCAUUUUCUGUUGAAACGACUCCGUUGUGGGAAAGAACGGAAUUUCCUUUUCAAAGUGAAUGGUGUUUACAUGGACUAACGAUUAACUAAUAUGGCCUGUAGAAGAGAAGGAACUCAAGAACAGCUUCUCUCUAAUAUCAUUUCAACUAUGAAUUCCAAUAAGUCUCCGGCAUAUGCCAGUCAAGCUCAUAGAAUAUGUAUGGUGUCUGAUUUUUUUUAUCCAAACAUGGGUGGAGUGGAAAGCCAUAUUUACCAGUUAUCACAGUGCUUAAUUGAAAGAGGACACAAAGUUAUUGUAAUCACCCAUGCUUAUGAGGAUCGCAAAGGUAUUCGAUAUCUCACCAAUGGACUGAAAGUCUACUAUUUACCAUUAAGAGUUAUGUACAACCAAUCUACAGCCACUACUCUUUUUCACAGUCUGCCUCUGCUCAGGUACAUAUUUAUUCGAGAAAGAAUCACCAUUGUCCAUGCACAUAGUUCAUUUUCUUCUAUGGCUCAUGAUGCACUGUUUCAUGCUAAGACAAUGCAGCUACGGACAAUUUUUACAGAUCAUUCACUUUUUGGAUUUGCUGAUGUCAGUUCGGUGCUUACAAAUAAGCUCUUGACUGUAUCACUAUGUGAUACAAAUCACAUAGUAUGUGUUUCUUACACAAGCAAAGAGAAUACUGUAUUAAGAGCAGCACUUAAUCCAGAAAUAGUUUCUGUCAUCCCUAAUGCUGUUGAUCCUACUGACUUCACUCCAGAUGCAUCUAGACGUGACAACAACACAAUAACUGUUGUUGUGGUUAGCAGACUUGUAUAUAGAAAAGGUAUUGAUUUACUUAGUGGUAUAAUUCCUGAGCUAUGUCAGAAGUAUCCAGAUUUACAUUUCUUAGUUGGAGGAGAAGGACCAAAAAGAAUUGUAUUAGAAGAAGUACGGGAAAGAUAUCAACUACACGAGAGAGUUCGUCUUCUAGGAGCCUUAGAACACCAGGAAGUUAGAAAUGUCUUGGUGCAAGGUCAUAUUUUUCUUAAUACGUCUCUCACAGAAGCAUUUUGUAUGGCAAUUGUGGAAGCUGCCAGUUGUGGUUUACAGGUGGUUAGCACAAGAGUUGGUGGGAUUCCUGAAGUACUUCCAGAUGAUUUUAUAAUCUUGUGUGAACCUUCAGUGAAAUCCCUCUGUAUUGGAUUGGAAAAGGCUAUUGGCCAACUGAAGUCAGGAUCAUUGUUGCCUCCAGAAAUUAUGCAUGAUAAAGUUAGAACAUUCUACACUUGGAGAAAUGUUGCAAAAAGAACUGAAAAAGUAUACAACAGAGUGGCAAAUGAAACUGUAUUGUCAAUGGGCAAACGACUUGAGAGACUUAUCACUCAUUGUGGCCCAGUGACUGGUUGCAUUUUUGCUCUUUUGGCUAUGCUCAGCUUUCUUUUUCUGAUAUUUCUGAAAUGGCUGAUACCUGAUGAUUUUGUUGAUACUGCAGUAGAUGCCACAGGCCUAAAGGGAGCAUGGACUAGGAAAUAUUUCCACAAUAAAAAUAAAAAAGAAAAUACUACAAACUCCUAAAGGUGGUAGAAGUGAAAAAAAACUUUCAUUCCCUUACUUGUCUUACACUAUUAGGAUUUGCUAUUAAAUUUACAUUUAUCAAGCAAAACUGCUUAUAUGUCAUUGGACAGCUUUCAGUAAUGAAUGGAAAGAAACUAAAGCAAAGUUCUACCUCAGCAUUAAUCUAAACUGGUUUAGGAGAGACAUUUUCCCAAGAUAUGCUGCAAAAUCUGUUCACAUUUAUUUCAGCUUGAAAUAUUUUAUAAAUACAUGGAAUGUCAUGUCCAUUAAUGAAAUCGAUCAUCUGAAGAAAUAAAGGGGAAAAUAGGUGAGUUGGUAGAUCUUUUGUCUAUUUUUAGAGUUUUUUCUGUUUUUAAUUUGUCUUGCACCAUCAUAAUAUGCUUAAAAAUUGUAUGGAAAAGUAGCAGUAUAUGUUCUGAUCCAGUAUAAUACAACAAAAUACCUGACUUUUUAAAUAUAGAUCCCAAAUCUACUUGUUGAGAUGGUAUGAUCAGUUCAGUAUGUUGAUAUGAUCAACUAAAAUUGAGAAAUGCACAAUUGUGAAGUUGGGAAAAUAUUCUCUUUGUUUAGGCAUCUAUCACUCAUUUUAAUAGUUUGAAAACAAGUAUAAUUGACAUGUUCUGAAUUCUUCUCUGCCAAUAUUUUGAAGCUUUCAGAAGAAGGUUCCAAGUUCUUCCAAGACCCAACAGUAAGUCUUUUGAAUCUACUUUUAUAAAUCAGUUGAGACAUAAUGAAAAAACUCUCUUUUUACAUUAAGGCCUAGCAUCAUGUUCAUUUUUAUUUUCUUUUACUUUACAUUUUUAAAUAAAAAUUGUCUUACAGAUAUCUAUUAAAACUCAUUCCAAUCAGUACUUCCUGACAGGAUAAAGUAAAAACAGGUGCUUCAGUUUUUUCCUAUAUGUGACCUUUGUCUGAACAAUUUUGUUUGUACUGUUAUAUUUCUACUAUUCCAAACACCAGAAAACUUGAAAACGGUGGUCAUUUUCUUUUACCCUAUCAUAAUUAUUUUGAGAAGGAAAAACCACCCACACCGUAUUAAAGCACUGAUGAAAUAUGUACAUCUAAGAUUUCUAAUUUUUAUUUUCAUUGUUGUAAAAAACAAGAGAUAAGCACUCCCAUUUUGUAAAUGAGAGAGUAAUCCUUUUAGUGAAAGCAUUUAUAAAGAUCUAAAAAUAUUUUGAGGAAGAAAAUCGAACAAAUAGACAGUUUUCCAAUACAAACUUGCCAAUACCAGUAGAGUAUACAGUAUAAAUUAAAUAGACAUGCAAUAGAAUUGUGUCAAUAUUCUUGACCUCCAACUUAACAACUGCAAGUAAAUUUAACUAAUACCAUCUUUGGAGGAAUAUUAAUCAUAAAUCUGAACUACUUGGCAAUUUAUUUGGCAUAAUAUUAGUUUUAAAAAGAAGACUAACUUAGACAGUAAUUUGGAUUAUUACUUCAUACCUUGGCAAAUGCAAUGUUAGCCCUUUGCCAUUUAUCUAGCAUUUAUAUUUCAAAAUUUCUAAGCACUCUUCUAAGUUAAAUAUUAUUAUGGUCUCUAUAUAUCAGUCUUCUAUGACUAACAGUUUAAUUCAGGUAUCUUUUCUUAAGAAAACAAUUUCUGUAGAGUAGGAAUUUUUACAGCUUCUUAUGCCUAUGGUUCCUUUGGCCUAACUCAAUAUUACAGAAAUAGAUUUAUUCUUCUGCAAUAUGAUUUUACUCUGCAGAUUUAUUUAACCCUGUGAAAUAAUUUAUAUAAAGGCUGCAGGAAAAGGACCAAUUAGAUAUGCUUGUUCUUCUGGAAGAAAAAUACCAUUUCAAAGUCUAUUCUAUAACUUGUACAUUUGAAGAUACUUUGGAGCUUUUCUUAAAUGUCUAAAUAUCAUAGCCUUACUAUGUCAAGUGAUUUGCUUUUCUCUGCUUACGAUAGCCCUCUUGCAUCAAACAUAAUUAGUUUUUUUAGUUGCCACUGCAUAUGAGCAAUUUCUAAUCCUAUAGAUGGUAGAAUUAAGCAAAAAUAUGUUACAUUUGAUAGUAAGAAAAAUCUUUACAUGUUAAAAAUAAUGUUGACUAUGCUUUAAAUUGGUACAUGUUUCACAAUAAAUAAUGGUUCCUAGUUUUCUAUAUUUAUUGACAUAUGUUAUGGCUACAUUCUGUAUUUAUGGGUUUUUGAACCAAAGCUAUUGUAAUCCAAUGAGUGUGAAGCAAUGGCUCCUUGGCUAUUAAAAAAAAUCAUGAAUAUUUAUGAAAAAUAUUCAUAAAUUGAAUAUUCAGUUCCUCAAUCAUGGCUAAUCAAUGAAAAUGUAUCACAGUAAAAUUAAUACUUUUUCUAUUACAUAUAUGAAAUUACUAAUUUGGAAGUUACAAAAUUAGGUGAUUUUAAAAUCUUUGCAAGGUAGAACUUCAAUUCUUUAAUAGACUUCAUAGCAAUUAUGGAAUGUAGAAGUAUUCUUGCCUAUACCAAAGACUACAUUUUGUGAUGAUGAAAGGUAGUUUUAUUUUGUAAAGUCAAAGAUUCAGGUUUCUGUCUUUAUCUACAAAUAAAACUGUUUUUAAUACUC